AUGCGGAUGUUGGACUGCUGGCCUCGGCGGCCGUCACCGCGGACAGGACCGCGGUGCCGGCGGUUCCUUGUCGCGUCCCUCCUAAUGAAAAACCCUACAUCCACCGCCGAGAAGGGGGAAGCCACCCACUACAGUGAACCCGCCGUUCAAGGAGUAAUGACGCGGGCGCGCAGCCGCCGCAUGGCCGCCGCCGCCACCGCCGUCUCCACCGUCACGAUGGACCUCCCGGAGGAGAUCCUAGCGUGGGAGAUAUUUGUCCGCCUUCCAGCCAAGGAUGUACUACGCUGUCGCGCGGUCUGCCGCUCCUGGCGCGGCCUCACUUCCACCGCUGAUUUCCUCCUCGCCCACCACCGGCGCCAGCCUUCACUGCCCCUCCUCACGCUAUGCGGCAGUACCAACAGACGCUUGCCAAUGUUCCAGGGGGGCCGCCCCGUCCUCACCUUCGACGACUUCCAAGGCUUCGAGCUCCAUGCGUCCUGCGACGGCCUCAUGGUACUGGCUCUCUCCGGCGACCGCUUCGCCAUCUGCAACCCGGCCACCCAUCAGUGCGCUCUACUUCCAGGCCUCAGUGACGAUCGCCGCGAUGGCCACAUCGGCAUCCAGGCCAUGUACCUGCACCGCCCGUCCGGUGAGUACCGCAUCCUGUACAUGAAGAGGAGAUACAAACAACCGCACCCCGAUGCUGCCCAUUACAUCCUUGCGUUGCGGCUGGGGCUGGGCGGCUCGUCCAGGCGCAUUGGAAUCACUUCAGACUCCCCUGACAUGGAGAAAAAUAUCAUCCAGGCAUGGCACCGUGAUAAUAUGGUCUCACCCGUCGUGUUCCGCAGCUGCCUUCACUGGGACCCCGGCUUCCGUCGCAACGACACCGGCAUAAUCGUUUUUGACACGGAGGCGGAAUCAUUCAGGUUCAUGCGCCGCCCAGCUGCCGCUACCAGUUUCUGCACUCGUUUGUGCGACAUGGAAGGUUUUAUUUGCUUCAGCUGCUUCAACGUUUGCGAGACUGCUGCCAAAAUAUGGGUGCUAGAGGACUAUGAGAGGGAGAUCUGGGCAUUCAAGUACCAAGUUAAAUUCCCAGUGGAGAAUCUGUGUAACCUUCAAGAUCGACAGCAUUUGGUUUUGUCCGCGGAGGGAGAUAUGCUCGUCUACAGUAACACUGAACUUUACAUGUUCCAAUGUGAUAACACCGGCAAUUCGGUAAAGGAGUUCCGUUUUGGAUCACUUGGUUCGAGCAUAAUAAGUGGCCAUUGGUUCAAAGAAAGCCUCGUCAACCAUGACUUUUUCCCGAGGCGAGGCGAUGCCCUGCUUGCUGGACAACCCGAUCUUUUUCGUAUGCUUUAA